UUUAGUUUUACCCACAAAAGACGAACGUUGUGUCCCGGUUGCACUGCCCGUCCGCAUACCACACCCACUACCCUUCCCACUAUAGGUCCCCUUCGUGCAGGCUCGCAGGGUCCAAGGAAGAACUACAUGUACCUACCUACCUCUACAUGAUUAGUCCUCUCGAUCGCACAUCUUCUACUCUUCUACAAUCCACCCUCCCGCAUGUGAGAAUAAAAGACAUACUACCACUGUAGCAUAUCGGCAAUAUCGGGCAGAUCGACAACAUGGCUAUCAUCAAGAAUCCAUUCCGCAAGCAGGACGAAAAUGUGCGGCCGGCCCCCACGCCGCUGGCCAACGACAAGCCCACGAGUAGCAGCAGCAGCACCAAGCAAUUCGAUGUGGACACCAAGAAACCCGUCGAGUACAAAUUAAGUGAGAUCAACGACUCCGGCGUGUUCAUGCCCCCGUCGCCGACCGAGAAAAAGUCGUUCUGGGGUGGAACGACAGCGUCGAGAUCGACGACGUCAUCGUCGCUGCACAAAUGCGCCUUCAACGAGAAUGAGCAAUUUAACAUCUCUCGGGAAUCAUUCGACUCGUAUCGCAGAUCAUUCGAUAUCUCGGCAAGAUCACCCGUCAUACAGGCGGAAAGUAGGCCGCGCGCAUCGCUCGAUAGCAGGACCUUUCUCCCACCACCGCGCAUGUCCAACUCAUUCCACCGACCAUUGCAAGUCCCGCAGACACAGGAGGAGGAUAAAUUUGAGGACGUGGACAUCGACGACCCCAAGCCGCAGCCUCAAAAGAAGCGCGGGAUAUUUGCGCGCAUGGUGGACGGUGUAGGGGACCAUUCCAACAGGCCCAACGGUAGCUUCGAGAACCCUCCCAGGAGCGGCGCAUGGCAUACUCUCACAGGUAGGAAGAGGGGAGAUAGCGGACGGGGCGCAGAGCUGGGAGCUAUGCCAAAGGCAACGGAGGUAGCCCGACGAGAGCAGACGCCAGAGCCAGAAAAGCAAGUGCCGGCGCCGCAAAUGCCGCAACAAAGCGAAGCGUCAGUGGCAGCGAGCACUCAAGCACCAGAGAUCAAGGUGGAUUCUUGAGCAGCAAGUUUUCCGAAGCGCGAGUGGAUAUGUGACAUGACAUGGCAUGGGCUUGGUUUUGGAUGCAAGGCAAUGGAGUUCAGAGGGUGGAGGGUAAGGUACAUGUAGUUAGUUCUACGAGGCAGGACAGCGUCUGGGCGGGGGCCGCAUGAACGCUUUGCGGCUUUGACGACAAUAGCGGCAUAAACACGGGUACCAGCCGGGAAGAGACAGAUAUUGUCACCAUAAGGUAGCUGAGGUUGUUCAGAGCAUAAUUAAUUAAGUAUACGAAGUAAUGAAGCAUGC